AUGGCUACGUUUGACUUGGGUGCUUUCGUGGCUGAGCCAACUAGUGAUGUGUUGGACUCGUGUAGAAAAGUUGACUUAUUGGAGAUUGCCCGGCACUAUGAAAUCCCCGUGUCUGUUACAUUGCGCGUGGGAGAGUUAAGGGAGGCUGUGUUGGCAGGUUUGGUUGCCAGUGAAGUUUUGGUUUUGCCCGAGUCGAGCGAUCUGGAACAAGGAGUGACCGCGGGAGGCGCAGUGGCGUCCCCCGUGCGUCUUGGGGAGAGCGCGGAUUCCCCCCAGCCACCGGUGGGCUCUCCAAAGGUUUUGUUUGGGGAGGCUGAGGAAAAGGUUCGUGUCUUGUCUCCUACUUGGAGUGUGCAUUCUCCUCGUGAUGUGCGCUUGGAUGUGCGCCUUGCGCGGCUCAAAAACGAGAAAGAGGAGAGAGAGCGUGACUUCCAGCUCAAGCGUGAGCUCGAGUUAAAGCGCAUUGAGCUGGAGGCAGCCACUGCUCGCGAGGUUGAGUUUAGAAGUGGAGUUUUCCCUGUCGCUGUGCGCGACCAGUUUCCUAUUGACGGGGUGGAGUUUAUUAUGGGGAAUGAUAUCGCAGGUGGGGAAGUGUAUCCCUCUCCGAAAGUGGUUUCUCGCCCCAUUCUCAGCACUGGGAAGGAUGAAUUGGCUGAGGAACACCCUGAGAUGUUUUCAGUGUGUGUGUUGACCCGCGCCCAGUCUAAAAAGUUGGCAGAGGAACAGGGUGAUGUUGAUCUGUAUGAUUCUGUGCUUGCUCCUGUCUUCUCCGGUGUUCGUGCGCCCCCGUGUGGACGACCUGAUGACCACGCCAGGACGAAGGCCAGCAGUGUGAAGUCAACCACCGCUAUGUCCCCUCCACUCACCAGUGGCCGUGGUUUCUAUCCCCAGCAGGUGGUUCUCCCUCCGCAGGGGCUUUUUCCCCAGCAGGUGGACUACCCUCCCCAGGGUUACUAUCCCCAGCAGGUGGACUACCCUCCCCAGGGUUACUAUCCCCAGCAGGUGGACUACCCUCCCCAGGGUUACUAUCCCCAGCAGGUGGUUCUCCCUCCACAGGUGGACAUUGUGGAUCCUGAUGUUCAGCCUCCCUCUCCUCCUCCUUCCUCUCCCGCCGCUUCCUGCUCUUCUGAUUUUUCCGCCUCAGAUUUCCAGAGCCUUGAGGAGUUCCUGGACUUUUUUGUGCAGACUCUAGAUUCAGCUCCUGCCUCCCCCACUACUUCUCCUCUACAGCUGUCCCCUGUCCUCCUGGCAGUGCUCCUUCUUCUCCCCUCCUUGCCUCCCCCUAACAUGCUUCCUCUCCAGCUCGGAGAGGCGGCGCCGCUCGUCUCCUGCUCCCUUUUCCUCCCUCUCUCCUUCCUCCUAAACCUCCCUGCCCCCCUCCUUCCUUAUGACCCUCCCUUCCCCCUCUCCACCCUACCCCUGUCCUCGACCUCUCCUCCCUGCCUCACUCUUCCCUCCCCUUCUCCUCCCUCCUCCUCUUCUCCCCUCUCAUCUCCCUCCCUGUCUCUUUCCUUCUAA